GAGACAUCCCUGCACGUCGUGCAAGCCUGACUUUCCCACAGUCGAUUCCCUUCGGUCCGAGGAUGUCUCCUGUUUGCAGAAAAUCAGGAUUCGGAAAGUGUUCGCGACGUGCCAUUCCUGCUUUGACACGGGGCUUCUCGACUGAGACACCUGGUCCUCCUUUACAGGUCUAAUGGAAAUUUUCGUGCAAAAAAUGACCCGAUCCAUGAUGCAUCGUCUCGUCUUCGCUCUCUUCCUCGUCCUUGGGUCAGCGGAGGGAGGAUGCACGAGCGCCAAGGAGUUCUGUGGGAAGUUCAACAGGAAGCCCGGAGGGUCGACUUGCCCGACCUCACAUCAGCAAUGCGGGUCAUGCCUGGACGGUUACGCUGCGGAGGAUUGGACGGGAGGGAGGGAGGCUGACGUGUGUCGGCCGACCGGAUCGUCCGACCGGAGCGCCGACGACCUCGCUCCGGGAGAGACAUCGCAGGGAACGAAGCUUACGAUCAUCGUCGCCUCUAUCCUCCUCGGAGUCGGCUUCAUUCUCAUCAUCGUCGGAGUCUGGCUCGGGUACAAGAAGAGAAGAAAGAAGCCGAAGAGGACAGACGAGGAAAGCCAUGGACGAUCGGCUGGAGCUCCCACUUUCCCCGAUUCCUGGUCGUCCACAUCCUCGUUCCUCUUUCAGGGAAUGCCCUUGCCUGCCCCCACCCGCAACGGACCUCAACAGCUCGAUGGAGGAAUGGAAGCUCUGGAGACCGGAGAAGGAAGAGAAAUCGCACAGGAGGAGAUACCGCUCGUAAUACAUGGAUUCAUUUCUGGAGAGCCUGAGAGACUUCUCAAGGCACGACCGGAAAAUUGGUUAGAGUACCAGAACAAUCCUCAUUCGGCACACAACCGGUUCUUCACCCUCGACUCCGACGUCUUCUCCUCCACCACCAAGAUCAGCCGGAAGGGAACGAGAAUCGGGGAGGCAGUGGAGAUCGACCACGUCCGAGAGGCACAUCCGAGAGACGCGAACCUGGUUCUUCUACGGGGGUCAAUACAUCAGGUUGAAGAUGGAGUCCAAAUGGAAGAAGAGAGGGAGCUGGCUCAAAAUGUCUUGCCACCGACCAGGCCGAUGGAGGAGAGCUACUCACCUGCCUAA